AUGGCUGCCUGCUCCUUGGCCUCAGCUCGCGUCCGUGAUGGCGCGCUGGUCUUCCCGAGGGAGCGUGUGGGAAACUCAACAGCAAUAACGCCAGAAACUUUGUUCGAAGCUGCGCAUGAUAAUUUGCCAUCCGAUUUCUCGCACAGUCAAAGUUUCGAUACCUUACGAGCCUGCGCGCUUUUAGCUCUUGCAAGCCUUCAAGAUGGCAAGAUCAAAGUAAUGCGCAUGUACAUUGGCUAUUACUUUACGAUGGUCACAACAUGGGGUUGGCAUGAAGAGUCGUCUUGGCCAGCAAGCCUAUGUAGGGUUGAAAAAGAAGAGAGACGGCGGUUGUACUGGUCCAUUUACACGCUCGACGUAUUCACGUCAAUCGUUUGGGAUGGCUGCGUUCAUUUCCAGGAGGCUCACUCAAGAGUCGAGUAUCCUGAGGGUGAUCAGUCUGGAUUUUCAUCAGCAGGCAAUCCAGAUUGGAUCGAAGGGUGGAAUUUCACCACAGAUCUCUACCGCAUAUCGGAGCACGUACUAUGCAAACUGAGAACGCAGCACUCUCGCUUCAAUCUAUUCGGAGACUGCCACUCAAGCUUGGAGACGCACCGAAUACAAGAGCGAGUGAACAGUCUCCAUUGCGGUCUGCACCAUCGCUUCAAAGAAUUCGGUCUGGCGACCGGUGUCGCCGAAAAGGACAUAUACGGCUUUCAGGCAGCAAACAUCCAAGCAACGCUUGCACUUCUGCGCAUGGCCUUGCUGUCUCUGGAAGGUGACAUCGGUCUGGAUAAGAAAUGCUCCGUUGUCAACGAGGUGUUGACAGCGUUCCACCAAGUUCCGAAGACCUUCCAGCGCGCUAUUAGUACUCCUCUCGUAUACCACAUCGGUUCGAUCGGAAACAUCCUCGGUUCCGUCAUGGAAGGUCCGCUUUCGGAGAGCUCAUAUCAGCGCGUCAGAAGCUUGCUUCUCUCCAUGGCAGAUCUGCUUGAGGGCCUCGAGUCAUUUCUGCAACAACGGGCAGGCGCGGGUCAAAAGCUCCGACAACAGGUUGAUACCAUCGACGAUUACAUGUUGUCGCGACAAUAUACCGCAGCGAGAACUUCUGGGCAAAGAAACAACUCGGCUGCGGACGGGUUUACGGAAGCGAUGCCUGCAGACACUAACACAGAAACGACGAUCAUUGGGCUGCCAGAUAGUUCUGAGAUGUCACCACUAUUUCAGAUCCCUGACGACCUGUUAAGUGACUGGGACUGGAGUCUGAACAUGUAUCAGAGUCAGUUUCCGUACUUCGACGACCAAAGUUAG